AUGUUCAGGGUUUGUUGUGCCCUUGUGGCCCUACAUCUAAUUGUUGUUCUCUCAUCUAAUCGAGAAUUUAUCCCAACUCAUGAAUGGCAAGUCGUUCAGAAAAAUCAAGUUGUCCCAACUGGAAUUCAUGUCCGCUUUGAUCUUAAAUCUGGCCUAACUCUGGCAAAAUUAGUGGAUAAAAACGAUGAUGACGAGAAUUAUGACGUUGUUUUAGCUCAGAACCCUAAAGCAACUUCGGAUGAUUUUAGUUCAUCGAAAGAAAAAUUAGAUUUACAUAAAAUGGACGUUAAACUCGAUACAAGUCCUAAUUUCAGACCAUAUUCAGAACUCAAGAAGGAUUAUGAGGAGAUCAUUAAGGUUGCUAAAUCGGAAUCAGCAGUGUUGACCAAGCUCUUUGGUGACUUUGAAAAUUCAAAGAGCGAUGAGGAAUCACUACUGAUCUUAGAAGAAAUGGAGGAUUUGCUCCGAAAGUUUGACAACGCUGUCGAUUUGACAAGGAAUGGGAAAUUGGCUAUUUUCAUAAAUAAACUCUCUAUCGUAUCUUCUGCUGUUAAAGUCCGAAUACUUUCUUGUUUGGCUGCAGCUUUGCAAUCCAAUCCUCCCGUUAAAAUAGAAAUGUAUAAGACUGGUCUUUUAAAUACACUUGUCCAGUUGUGGCAUCAAGAAUUACUGAUGUAUAAUGCUGAUUCAUCUGUAAUCGAUCAUUCCCUUUUGGCCACUUCUGUAUUUAUUAGAAACUUUCCCGUUGCACAGAAGAAUUUAUUUGGUCCUAGAGUUAGUGGAGACGUACCCGUGGGAUAUGAUCUUCUCAAAAGAACUCUUGUAUUUGCCGCCGAUAAUACUAAAAUUAAAACUCGAGUUUUUUCUCUUCUUGGGGAUCUUCUCGAUGAAUAUAAUUCUACAAAAAUGGACAAUACUUCUACCAAUUUAAGCCAAUACGAAUCGGUAAAAUUGGCCGAUAAUUUGCCAAAAUAUGGUUUCUGUCACGCAGCUGUUCGAAGCUUAUUUGAUCAAGACUUAUCGAUGAGUAAUUCGCAUCGACAACGAAUGAUGGCAGCAGUUACAUUGAUCUCAAGUGUUUGCGAUCAAAAUCAACUUUAUCCUAAUACUGAUGCAAUGGAACAAGUCCAAACUAAAUUGCUCCUAAGUCAAUGGAGAGCUGAGUUCAUUCGUGAACGCCGAAAGGAACAAAAUGAUGAGUUAGAUGGAGGUUAUUUUGCCGAAAUGUUAAAUCUAUUAGAUGGUCUCCAGAAUUCACUUUUACGUUUUUAA